AUGGACUCGUCUACAUGGAAGGCACAUGGUCUAAUCCGCACUCCACAACUGGAGUUUUAUUACCAACAAGCCCCAGAAACGGAGGACAAAAGCAUCCGGCUUUUCGCCCAGCUCCUGGCCAAAUACAUCUUCCCGGGCAACAAUUUCGCCGUCGUACCUGGGCCGACACCAUCCACCCAAGCACGAAAGCCCAGCGACCUGGUUGUCGAGCGGUGCAACACCAAGAUGGACUUUGAAGUCCUGUGUUUCGUCGAUGCCAAGAAGCCCACCAACAUCGCCGCCGCUCGAGUCGCCUACCUUGAGGAGCAGGCUCUGAUCCAUUGCACAGAGCUUCUCCGGGCAAACCCCUCCUACAAGCGCGCCUACGCCUGUACCGUUGUGGGAACUUACAUCCGUUGCUGGGUGGUGAUGCCGAAUGACGGCAGCUUCGAGAUGACGGGCUUGUGGUCGUGGUUCCAACUGGGAACCUUUGAGCACUACCUUGACGUCGGCCUGGAUGCAAACAGGGUCACUUUGGAGCGGGCAUUCAACCAGAUGCAGAACCUUCCCCCGUCUGGGGAACGCUAA